GUGAAUUCAAUUGCCGUUAUUUAUUCAAUAUUUUUUAUAAUACGCAAAUUCGAAAACGAAUAUCUAAAUGUUCUGAAAUUUAUUACCUACUUUUCUGGGCCUACAAAUUCAUAAGGAUAUCUCACGAUUCUUCAAGUUAGAGCGCAAGCCACUUGCGUGACGUGCUAAGUAGUCCCUAAUUGAAAGUGUAUAAAGUGCAGUUAUAGUCAUACACAACGGCGUCAUAUAGUGAAAAACUCCCGAGUGAACAGACGCCACUAAUGGACGGUCACGUCGGCGCAAGCACCAGCAGCUCGCGUCUUAACGGGAGCAGUGGCGGGGAGCAAAGGAAACAGCAAAAUAAUUAUGGAUCUAAUGAGGAAGUUGAUGGCUCUAUAUUAGAUGUACCAAAUGUAGUAAUCCGUCCUGCAAGGCGCAGAGCGAGAUCUACCGACGCAACCAUAGGUGCUCGUUCUGAAGAUGGCCCUCGCGUUCCCCGUGAACUGAACCCUGAAGAAUUAGAUGAAGAGGUUUUGAAAUAUGGCGCUCAACAUGUUAUUAAGUUAUUCGUGCCGGUCUCCUUGUGUAUGUUGGUUGUAGUCGCUACAAUAAAUUCAGUAAAAUUCUACUCCACAACUGACGUCUACCUUUUGUAUACACCGUUCCAUGAAUUAUCGCCAGAUCCAGGUGUCAAAUUUUGGAAUGCUUUGGCUAAUUCUUUGAUUCUUAUGACCGUUGUUGUUAUUAUGACUAUUCUACUGAUUGUUUUGUACAAACAACGCUGCUACAAAAUUAUCCAUUCCUGGUUGAUACUCUCAUCGUUCAUGCUGCUCUUCAUAUUCAGUUACCUUUACCUAGAAGAGUUCCUACGCGCUUAUAACAUUCCAAUGGAUUAUCCAACUACUUUAUUAAUACUUUGGAACUUUGGUGUCGCUGGUAUGAUGGCUAUACAUUGGAAAGGUCCACUAAUUUUACAGCAAGGUUAUCUAAUUUUUGUUGCUGCUUUAAUGGCAUUGGUAUUCAUAAAAUAUUUACCCGAGUGGACAGCUUGGGCUGUACUAGGGGCCAUAUCGGUGUGGGAUUUAAUAGCUGUUCUCACGCCAAAGGGACCUUUGAGAAUUUUAGUGGAAACUGCACAGGAACGCAAUGAGCAAAUUUUUCCCGCAUUGAUUUAUUCAUCUACUGUUUUAUACACCGUGUUGGGUGCUAAAAGUGCUACAACAAGCGACAGAGUAGAUGUCGAAAACAUUGAGAAUGGUGCAGAGCAAAGUCCACAGGAAGCAGAAGGGCAAGCUACUUCCUCCGCCGGCUCGGCAAGUCGUACAGGUAAUACCAAUAACGUGGUGAAUGACGACGCAGCCCAGGCCGCCGAAGGUAUGCCACUAGUCACAUUUAAAACCAACGGAAAUGACGCUGGUUUUACUGAAGAAUGGUCAGAAAGUCGAGUUGAGCGUGUGCGAAGUCGUCAAAUCGAAGUUCAAGCUAGCAAUGGACAGAAUGCAAAUCGGUCAACUCAUUAUCGCACCACCACUACUGCUACGGAAACGCCACAACUGGAAGCACAAGAACGCGGCAUUAAACUUGGACUGGGUGAUUUUAUAUUUUAUUCUGUUCUGGUUGGAAAAGCCUCUAGUUAUGGUGAUUGGAUCACAACUAUUGCCUGCUUUGUUGCCAUAUUAAUUGGGCUAUGUUUAACGCUAUUGUUAUUGGCUAUUUGGCGCAAGGCUCUACCGGCUCUACCCAUUUCUAUAACCUUCGGCCUUUUGUUUUGCUUUGCGACCAGCGCUGUCGUUCAACCGUUCAUGGAUAGCCUCUCAGACAAACAGGUGUUCAUAUGAAGACAUUUUGAAGUUAUCAACUAAAUAUUUCCUCUUAACAUUUGUACUGUAUUAUAAAGUAGACUAUCUGCAAAAUAAUGAAUUUACACUUAUAUCGUAAU